UAUCGAGGAUCUGUUCCCAGUAGGGGAGGGACCGAAUCCUGUUCCACCCCUUGCUCAGCCCUGACCCCUGCCUCGAUAAAACAGGAAACUCUUUAAUCGUUAGAGAAGUCAGACCCUUCUCUUCAUUUCAGCCCCUGCAGCAAAGUCCAGGAGAGUUUUUUUCCCCCCAGCAACUGAUAUUGUUCCAGCAGCAAAGAGGAGGACACAGGACGGUUCAUCAGCACGGGCUGCGUAAGGAGUGAGAAUAAGACGUGUUGUUGUCAGCUGGGGCUACUGGUGUUAUUAAUCCGACCAGAGAGCUCUCCCAUUGGCUUAGAGCGUCUGCAUCAGCGCAACUGCACCUCUGGCACCUGCCAUUGGCCACUGUUGGAAGACAGGAUACUGGGGUAGAUGGACCUUUGGUCUCACCCAGUCUGGCCAUUCUUAUAUUAAUUGAGAAUUCAUUCCAGGCGUCCAAAUUCAUCCCCACAUGAGAGCUCUCCUCGACUCAGGAUUCAGCUGAAGGAAAAUGGCAGAUACAAGAACUUUCUGGGCUGAUUUAUUUUUAGAAUGGAAUUCACACCUUGGCGAUCUGUCCCAGGAGGAAUCUGAAGAAUUCCAGGCUGCUGUCCAUGCAGGAAACCUCACUGAAGCCAUCACAGUGGUGAAGAAAUCUGAUGCGUUGUUAAAAAACACCAAGCUCAAUGUUGCCAUAACCGGAGAGUGUGGCUCUGGCAAGUCAUCUUUCAUCAACGCCAUCAGAAGCCUAGCUGACGAUGAUGAAGGUGCAGCUGAGACCAACGUGAUGGAAUCAGCAAAGGAGCCAACUUCUUAUCCGCAUCCCAAGCACACAAAUGUCACAAUGUGGGACCUGCCUGGGAUCGGGACACCGAAUCAUCCAGCAAACACAGAUGGGGGGAAGGUGGACUUUGCUCGUUAUGAUUUCUUCAUCAUUAUCACAGCAGGGCGGUUCCGAGAGUCGGAUGCCAACCUGGCCCAGGAAAUAGAGCAGAUGGGGAAGAAGUUUUACUUUGUCCGCUCCAAGGUGGAUGAAGACUUGCGUAAUGAAAAAAAAAGAAAAACGGAGAUCAACGAGGAGGAAGUCCUGCAGAGAAUCAGAAACGAUUGCAUCAGGAAUCUGCAAAAAGCAGGCAUCGUUUCCCCACAGGUUUUCCUGGUGUCGAGAUGGGACUUUGAGAAGUACGAUGCUCCCCGACUUCAGGAGACCUUUUUGAAUGAACUUGACACUCACAAGAGACAUGUCAUCUUUCGUCACCUGCUCAACGAGUCUGAAGUCUUCAACUGGAAAAAAGAGGCCGUGGAGCAGCAGAUCUGGAAGCAAGCCUUUAAGUCAGGCGUUAUCGCUACUAUUCCUCUCCCAUUUCUCUCUGUUUGGUGGGAUGUUGGCACCUUGGUGGAUAACAUGACCAAGUUCUGUGAGAGCUUUGGCCUGGAUGAUGAUUCCAUCAAAGCACUUGAAAAAUCCAUGCGCGAGUCUGGUGAGCUGAAAACCGUGAUAGAAUUCCCGCUGGCCAAAGAGACAUCAAGAGAUGAGGCAUUAAAGCUUCUGAAAGAGGCUACGGGGCUAGUUAUGAUGAUAGCUAAGUAUUUCAUUAGCAUGAUCCCAGGGAUUGGUACUGUGAUAGCAGCAGUGAUGUCUUACAGGGUCAUGGGCAGAUUGCUACGUACUUUUGUGGCUCGAGUUGCAGAAGAUUCUCAGAGAGUCUUGAAAAGGGCUUUGGAGUGAGCAGCGAUAACAGAUUAACAAGAGCCACAAAAGAGCAACGUACCUGCUAUCUCAUGGCAGCUGGAGAUCAGAGCCACCCUGUGGGGAGAGACAUUUCCCUUUGUUCUCAGCUGCAGUGCAAAAAAGACGCUCUCAAAAAAGGUCUCCAGAGUUUGGUGUAUUUUAAAAACAAAUAUUCAUUUCUAAUGUAGGGAAGCGGGUAAAGUUGAGGUAAAGGUCUCUGAUCCCACAAUUUCUGUUAAACACCCUGAAGGGAAAGUUGAGGGAGACUCUCAGAACAAAUACCGUGAAACGAAACUUUGCUCUAUGUUAUUUAGUAAUAAUACCUGACAAGUUUUAAGACAUUCUCCAGUUUUCAUUAUUUAAGCUGCUGGGGCCAUACCCUCAUAUGGUGUAAAGUUAGUGUAACUUUCAUAGAUUCCAAGGUCAAAAGGGACCAUUGUGGUGAUGAUCAAGUCUGAUCUCCUGCAUAACACAGGCCUGAGAACUCCCCCAUGAUAAUUCCUAGAGCAGAUCUCUUAG